CUCGCGUAUAGAUUAUUGAGAUAUAUUCGAUAGUUGCAAAAAAGAAAAUAAAAAAAUAUGCCAAGUGAUAAUGAAGAAUUGAGUCAGCUGGCGAAAAUUCAAGCGGACCGCCGGGAAACCUUAAGGAGGUAUUUUUUGAGGGAAAAAUCGAAUCCCUUCACGCACAUGAAGGGCGAUGGCGGUACAUUGUUCGAUCCCGCCGUAAUGAGAUUUGAAGCCAUGAAAAAUUACCAAAGGGAAUACUUCAAACCCUCUCCGAGAACAGUAACAGGCGGGCUCGGUUUUUUGUCAGUUUUGGUAGCCACUUGGUUUCUGGUAUACAAAACUAAAAACGACAAAGAGGCGAAAUACCGACGAGGAGAGGUCGCGUACGAAUGCAGAAAAGUUAAAAUGUCUUAAGAAUUUUAAUUUGUAG